AUGCCGCCUUCAGAUCGCUUCGAUUCUGUUGCCAACACUUCAAACACUUGCCCGGAAAAGUUCAGCGACCACAAUGGCCGUCUGCCUAUUGAUCAGGAGGGGCAUCGCCCUGGAUUUCGACAAGAAGAGCAGGACCUUCCGCGUCCUCCACCUCCUCCGCCGCCUCCUCCAGGCACACCCCCACCAGAGAACAUGCCCCGGAGCAGAAAGCGCAGGGCCACGGACUUGGACGGCCUUGUACAUCCUUCUCGCCGCAUGCGUGCUCGGCAAGAGUCGUCGGAUGCCAGUGAUGAGGAGCAGCGGCCUAAACCAGCCCGCGGCGACAAGCCUGGAGGAGGCCCAAAAUACAAAGCCACAGACGCAAACCUUAUUCCGCUUGGUACUCGCCGCAAGAGGCCGGAAGAUAACAGCGUUUCAGUUAGUCUGGGUGUUGCACCAGUUGGCGCAGAGAGGCCGCCUUCUCCCACCGAGAAAAAGCUUAAUGGUAACCAGUCUCAACCGGUAGCGACUCCAACGCCACAAAUUGUAUCCGCCGAAGGUAUCGUACGCUUCGACAAUGCGACAGGCACAUGCGGUCAAGUCAGAGGCGAUACCCGUCAAACCGCAGUCUCUGAUACCCGCGAAUCGAUUGAUACACGCGACAAACACCUCAUUCAAGCAAUGAGCGGAUGCACGAGCGUGAGGCAGUUAACCGACAUCGCACGCGCGCCUCCCGUCACAUUGACGAGUUUGAUCGGACUCACAGGAAUGACAGGUCCGUUCGAUACAGCCGUGAUAGAUCCCGGUCUCCGCGCGGACGCCAUGAACAAGCAGCGUCCGGCUCUAGGACCCGGCGCGCUCCAUCUCCUUGGCCAAGGCGUGAUUAUCGCAAAGAUCCUCGCGCGGAAGGUGUGCUGGACCGCUCACCAGGUUUGGGUCCCGAUGAACCGAAACGAGCGAGCUUACGAUGACAUUGAUUAUCAUCGCCCUGACGAGGAUUAUCAUUCAAGAUCGGGACUGUAUGAGAAUCGGUCUCGCGACGAUGACUGGGAACAUCACAGCUUCUAUCGCGAGGCUUCCUAUGAUGAAGGUGCGCUGAAUAAUUCAUCUGGGUAUGAGAACGAUCGUCGACGCUAUCGGUCUCGCGAGGAACCUUCGCGGUACCGACAUGAAGGUGGCAAUGGAUACAUGCGCGAUGACCAAUACGGCGAGGGUUCUCUGCGACGGUACGAUCGAGGUCCUCAUGCCUUUCCCCCGCCAUACCACGGCUACGAAGAGCUCGAACGGCACCCAGGCCGACACCACCAUGAGAAAGAGCGAAAUGGCCGAUACGAGCAGCUUGACCGGCAUCGAUACGCGUAUGACAGGACCAAGCGACAUUACGAGCAGGGUGAUAUGACGAACGAUACCGCGAACAGUCGUUUCGAUGAGGCCGCCGCGGACACGGAAUUCAAGAUCAAAGGCCGUCACCGGGAGCUCACGGGGCACGCUCAUCGUGACAAAGAGUUUGACAGAGAGCAUGACCGUUCUGGACCUUACAGAAAGAGUCGAUCUGACGCCAGAAAGAAGCAUAACCUCAGAGAGAGGCCUGAGGAGACACGCGAAGGACACGACGGCCAUGGAUGUCAGCACCAAAAAGAGCAUUACCAUCAAAGGAACCUUCGCUUGUCUCCUUACGAAUUCAGCGAGAAGCGCCGCUCCAACGAGAAUCAUCGCAAGCAACCAGACGGUGCCAAGUAUGGUCAAGAGCCAAGCGGCACCUACAAGAACGAUCGUCCGGCCGUAGGAGCCCCAUAUGAUCACGUUAAAGACCGGACGGUAUCUCAAAAUUGCACUCGGGGUGGUACUUUGCGUGAUGGGCACUUUGAACGUAACAACGAGCGGACUGAGGGGAAGCAGAAUCGGAACACCGGACGCGACGAGCUUCAUGAACGAGAAAGACUCGGAGUAGACCUAGCCGAACAAGGGCGACGCAAGGAGAAUCUCCGCCGCCGCGAAGGUAAUAGAAAGCCAAAGGAUACCAACAAGGUGAAGGUACAUGAGCGCGCAGUUGAACCCGAUGUUUCUCCAGUCAGUGUGCAUGACAGAGCUAAAGAUCAUAUAGCCUAGCCUUGCGUCAAGGAUAACACGAGACCCAAAGAGAGAGCAUCUCCGACAGAAGGCAAGAUGAGAACUUUAAGCCUGGGAUGGGAGGCAAGUCUGGUAUUGGAGGAGAAGCAGCGCGGUGUAGCAGUGCUCGGAAGUGAAGCCAGGGGAGGAAUAGAGGUCGGAAACAGACUGGGAGGCAAAGACUAUUUACCUUAACAGACUGCAACGGAGCACAUGGCAGGCUUCAACAGCAUGUCAUUUGUUCUGGUGUUGCUGAUUUGGGGUCUCGGGUGGAAGGUGC